CCUAAGUCCUCAUGAGGAGAUUACCUUUGCAUCUCCUAGACGAGAUUCUCUUCAAACUAGAUCCCAAAUCCUUGGUGAAGAUGCGAUGCACAAACAAAUCCAUCAACUCGCAUGUAUCAGAGGACCCAAAUUUUAAAAACGAAUACUAUUCCCGUACCGGAUCCAGUUUGCUUCACGUCUCCAAAUAUGCCUCCAAUUUACUCUGUUUCCACCCUUUUGGAAAUUCUAGGUCAUUCAAUGAGCGCUUAGAGAAUGUGUUUAAUAUUCUCGGUUCUUGUUCCGGCCUUCUCCUACUCUCCAUUGGUGGUCGUCCCUGCGUGGCUAAUCCCCUCACAAACAAGUUCCGAUUCAUGGAUUACCCUAACUCGGGUAAAACAACUUGCAUUGGGUUUGCUGUUGAUCAUAUCGAUCCAACCACUCAGAAAUUCAAAAUUGUCUGCAUAGUCGAAGUGCUUAAGCCUUCAAAUCCAGUCGAAAAGAUGUAUCAGUUCGACAUUAACACCGGAGAUUCAUGGAGUUUAUCGAAAACAACAUUUACUUGCCACUCAAGCAAACUCAAGAAGGGUAAGAAUUCGAAACCUGUUUACUUGAACGGAGAUCUUCACUGA